AUGGAAGUGGAAGCAACGAGUCUCGGGCAUGCUGCCUUUGCGCCUCAUGACUACGAAACUCCCCAAGCACCCUCGCCCUCUCCCCUGAACUCGCCAUGGCCCGAACUGGAUCCCGACAUGAACAAUGUGGACGAAGGAACGACCCAGCUCGAACAACAACGAAGCCUUGCGCCGCCGCAAACCCCCAAGAACGACAAUCAAGCAGCCAGGGAAGUUGCGCAACAAAGUCCCCGACCAGACACAAAUCAUGCAGUACCACCUGCCUCCGACACCCAGCCUCUUGAUCCAAAGUCGCAAUCAGUUUCUCUUUCGCAAACGAUACCCGAACAAGUGCAAAGUCGUCCCAAGCCUCCAUCGAGGCCCAUGUCCCUAGCACAAUCGCUAUUCCCCGAAGAUUUCGAAGACGAACCAGAACACCGACAAGAGGCCUCAAAUACGGCCGGCCAAUCCGAACAAGCCGAGCCAGGAGCACUAUCGCAGACACAGACGCAGACUGAGCAGCAAACACAGCCCCAGGCACAAGAGGCACAACCGAUCUUGCCCGAUCAAACUGUGCUCGACAACCCGGACCUACCACAGUCGCUCUCUCUGCACGAGCCUACCGACCAACUGGACCAGUCUGUGGAUCCCCUAGAUCAGUCGCAACCUCUUCAGCCGCAAACACCAAUCAAAGACUAUUCCGAGCUUGAAAAUGCUGUCGCCGACCUGAACCUGCCGACGAACUCGCUUUUCCCCGCUGACCUUGCUCUUGCUUCAUACGAAGCCGAAGAGGCUGCUCCCGUACAAGACGCUCAAAACGAUCCCAUGCAAGCUUUUGCGAAGCUGCAAUUUCCCGAUGGCGACUUCUAUGUUAAUACCUAUGCGGUCGAACUGGGUCGUGAUCUAAAUGCUGCAAAGUUUGAGCGUAAGGCAGGUCGAAGACACAAAAUGAAGUUGAACCGGGAUGUCCAAAUGGAACAAGAUGCGGAAAUGAACUUGGAGGAUGAGGGUCGCCAUAUUGCUCGCAGCAAUGUCAGCGAAAGCGGUGGCAUUGUUGGUGUCAACAUUGAAUACGACAGCGAAGAGAACGAAGAGUCCAAAAGGCGCAAGCGCAAGCAGUUUCGCUCGACCAACUCGUCUCACUCUGUCGAUCCUACAUCGCUUCUCACUAACCCAUACGACCUUUCGCUCGACUGGCAGCCUCAACAGGACAAACCUUUCGAGUAUGAGUGUCCUUUCAUCCCAAUCCAUCCUCAGGCCGGACAAUCAUUCAAGAACAUUUCGCGCAAACACAUUCGUAUCGAAUACAAUCUACAGAAGGCUUACUGGGAAAUGCUUGUCAACGGUAGGAAUGGUGUGUUCCACGAUGACACUCAUGUCGACAAAGGCUCUGUGGUCAAGCUACACCACGGAAGUGAGAUUCUUAUCCAGGGCAUAACCAUCAUAUUUAAGCUGCCAGACAACGCUCGCAACGAGGACGAAGAGGAAGAGCCUGUCCACAUUCUUUCUGACACGGACAGCUCUCUUUCCGACUUGGAUAGUGUCGUCAGUGCUACCUUCGGUCACGACUACGAAGAGGAAGACGUAUCAUCUGAAGACGAGCCUCUACGCCUCAAACGUCCGGUGCAGAAGAAAGAGCGACCACGUAGAAUUGUCAAGCUCAAGUUCAAGCUCAAGAAGAAUUUCCCCGCCGUUGCUGGACUGCCUGUCGAGAAGGAAGACAAGAAGGAGAAAGAAGUGGAGAAAGAGAAGAAGAAAGAGAAGGAAAAGACUAAGGAUAAAGAGAAAGAGAAGGAACCCGAAAAGGAGAAGGAAAAGGCACCCGAGAAGGCAAAAGUCAAGGAGAAGGAGAAGGAAAAGGAAAAGGAGAAAGAGAAGGAAAGAAGACCAUCCAAGUCUGGAAAACAGUCCAUCAAGACCGACAAGCCCCCGAGAGCGGAAAAGGCAGAGAAGAUGCCCCGAACACCCAAGGCGGACAAGGUCGAGAAGCCAGUACAAAAGGUGCCCCUACCUCAAAAGACAGAGACAAGCGACAAGACCGAAAGGCCAAAAGAUGCUCAGCCUGCCGAGCAAACCAUUGUCACGCCCAAGCAGCCCGAGGCCGUUCCACCCGUCUUCGAAGAGAGAAGGGAAUCUGCUGUAACCACGACCGAGAUGCCACCUCCAUCCCAGCCAGUCGAUGUCAAGCCGUCAAUUGAGCCCGAUUCUUAUGAGGCUCUUCAAGCUUUGCAAGUGACUCCAUCUCAAACGCCUCCCGCCAUACCUGCCGAUUUACCUCCUGGUUCAAUUCUCGCCGGCUUAGCACCGGAGGAAAUUCCUCAAAAGCGAAAAGGUCCCGGAAGACCUCCAAAGAACGGUGUCAUGUCCAAACGCGAUGAGGCAAUCAUCAAGCGCAAGACUAAAGAGUUGCAAAAGUUAGGCAAGGUCGUUCCACCGCUUGCUGAACUCUUGGCUCUUGCCAGAGCAGAAGGCGGAAGUACCACAAAGAAAGACUCCAAACCAGAAGAUGGACGUGAAGGAGAACAUCUCAGCCAAUCUGUCGAGAUCGAUCCAGCGCUUAUGGCUAUCCAAGAGCAUAACAACGCCACACCUUCGGCCGAGGUCAAGACUGAGGGAGGUGUUCUGGUUGCUCAGCCUACACCUGACAAGGAUGCGAACAAGCCGAAGAGGAUUGUCAAGUCUCCGUCUCCACAAAAACCCGAAUCAGAAUACACCGAGGAAGAGCUCAAGAAACCAACUCAAACAUAUGUUGUCCUCAUUCACGAGGCACUAUCUAAAGCUCCGACCGGUGUGAUGGAUCUGCAACAAAUCUACGACGCCAUGCAGAAGAUGUAUCCUUGGUUCAAGUAUAGGAGUACAACCCAUGGCUGGCAGAGUAGUGUCCGACACAAUCUCAUCAGUAGUGAGGCUUUCGAGGAGGCUGGCAAGAUUGGCAAAGGCAGACUUUGGAAGAUCAACCCCAAUGUUUCGAUCGACAAGGAGAAGAAACGAAAGGCUCCAACGCCGCCUCCAGACAACAGACCACCUCAGCAACAGCAAUACCCUUACUACCCGAAUAAUCAGUACCCAUACGGUCAUCCUGCAGCUCCUGCGUACGGUGCUUAUGCUAGACCAAGCCCUUACGGUACACCUUAUGGACCGCCAACUGUACAGAACGUGGCACGACCACCUGUUCCGACUACGCAACAAAAGCCCGGCACCUACUACUCCCCAUAUGCCUCGACCACACCAGGUACUGCCGCCGCUGGAUCGCCUUAUGGCCCGCCGAGUAGAGCCCCGUAUGCUCCUUACCCUCAACCCCCUCGGCCGCCAGGCAAUGCUUAUGGCCAACCGCCGCAACCACCACCGGCGCAACCUGGUCAACCACAAGGCCUAGCGCAGCAAGGCCAUCCACAGCAGCCCCAAUCGCAACCAGGCCAAGCUCCUCACCCGCCUCCAGGCCAGCCUUAUCAGUCGGGAGUCGGUCAAGCUCCUGGAGCGCCCAACGGUCAGCCGCAGCCCCCUCGACCUGUGAUGGCUCCAGCACCUGGUCAGGCUCCUCCUCCAGCACACAACCAGAGCGGGAUCACUUCUGAAAAGAUGAUUGACAAUAUUAUGGACUACCACAAAAAGUAUCUGAGCAACUUCCAAGGCCCAGAGCAGGACAAGCACAGGGCGAUCUUCCGCAAGGCUACUAAUAGACACAUUCGCCGUGAUCAAGAACACGGUCCCUUCGAGUCUGAAGAAGAGGAAAAGCUCUACAAAGCUAUCCAAAAUAUCAUCACCACAACACAGGCAGAGACAGCAUCUGCUGCCCCUGCGCAGCCUCAGAUGAACGGUCCGGCUCCUGUUCAAGGCGGACCGCCUCAAGGUCAGGCGCAGCCAGGUGCCCCACAAACUGCUCCAGGCCCAGCUUCACAACCACAAGGUGCCCCCAGCCAGCCACCUCAACAGAGUAUGCCAGGCUCGCAGCCUGUAAUGGGUCAACGACCUAACACAGGUUCCCAUCUUGUGCAACAAGGAUCCAGCUCAGAACAGGCGCUAGCUGAAGCACUCAAAACAGCCAUGCCUGGUGCGCAACCUUUCAGACAAGGUCCGUCAAAUGCUCCUUAUCAUCAAGGACCACCGGCACACCAAGGUGUUGCACCUAGACCUGGUCCGUACGCGCAGCCACAGCCCCCGCAGCAGCAAAGAAUGCAGCCUCCAGCAGGACAGCAGCAGACGCCUCACACUCGCCCCAAUCUCGCACCCACGCCUUCAGUACCACAAGUGCAAGCACCCAGGCCGACAUUCACUCAGCCGUCCCAGCCCCCAUCGACUGCAACAACGCCGGCAGCACAGGCCCAAGCUUCGACUCCUGUCAACUCAAAACCUGUUGCUCCUGCUCCGGUUCAGCCAACGCAACCUUCUCCUGCACCAGCCUCAGGCCAGUCGACUCAACAACCUCCUGCAACUGCUCAACAAGCCCCUGCGCCUGCUGCGACUGUCCAGCAAGCUCCUGCGCCUUCUGCGGCGACUCAAGCAGCCCCUGCUUCUCAACCUGCACCUGCAGUCCAGUCAAAUCCAGCAUCUACAUCGUCGCAGGUGCCGACACCAGCUCCUGCGGCACAGCAACAGACCCCUGCGCCUGUGUCUUCGACCACUACACCAGCUCCAGUGGCUCCUCAGGCACAAGCCGCGCCAGCACAGCCCCCAUCGAUCGCACCAGUCGCUACGCCGACGCCAGCACCCGUGGCUCCGACUCCUCCAGCAGACUCCAACGCUCAUGGAGGCCUCAAGCGACCAAUUGAGAUCGAUGACGAUGGUGACCACGAAGCUAAGAAGCAGAAGACUGACGAGCAGAAAGCUUAG